CCAUGCAAGUUAGUUUACAAAAUAACGUUUCCUCAAGUUUAAUGUUUCUACAAGUUUCUAAAGUAUUUGAAACGAAAUAGUAAAUGAGGCAAUGCAAGUGUGCAUUUUGGUGAUAUAAAUGCACCACUUAAGCUAAAUCAGAAAUAUAUUUUUGAAACCAUAUGAACAAUUAUUUCUGGACUCAUUAGUUAUCUAUACUCUGUCCCAAGAUAUCCUGGAUGUUCAUUCAAAAGUAUGAAAAUUUUCCAAGAAUUCUCAGUCGAAACGCCCCUGUUAGCUUAUCAGGUUUCAAUACAAUGCUAAAAAAUGUGAUGUCUACGGAGAUUUUGUAUUGCAGCAAGCCCGGAUGUUAACGUUGAAAAAUUGCGUGAUGUAUUCCGAAUGGAGAAAAGAUGUAAACAUUCCCCAUUAUAAAUGUCUGUAAGAAAUUUGUUUUCGUUCUUUUGAAUUUUUCCGAGUGAAAGAUGUCAUUGAAAUUAUGUUGGAAAAUAUCCCUUUCAACUAUUUCAAUUGCACUUCUUUCACAGGUAUGUGUAUUUUUAUUAAAAAUCGUCCAAAUGUGCUGCAUUAAUAUCUUUGGACAGACUUUAGACUCUAAAUCUUACACUGUGUGACUGUCACUAGCAUAUGUAUAUGUAUGAAAGGAAAUAAAUCAAAAGGCAUUCCAUUGUUCUGAUAAGUGAGAGUAAAAUGUGAUGAACACCAGAUGGAGUUUUCUGCACCUAUUGACUGAUUCCGUAAACCAUAUCUAGCCUCAUGGAGUCCCUAGCAGACUUCACAGGAGGAGGACUCUACAGUUCAUUCCCCUCUAAGGGCCACCAUAGAUCUGUCAAGUACACCAAACUACAUUCCAACCACGAUGGAGAUGAUGAGAGUCUGUAUGAUGAAAGUCUAGAACAAGUGGCCUUAAUGGAGGAUAAUUCUGAUGACAAUUAUAAUACUUCGGAUACUGAACGAGGAAAUGUCUUCACAGUCGAAGAUGCUGUUGAAUCUAUUGGAUUUGGGUUUUUCCAGAUUCGUCUCUACAUAAUAUGUGGUUUGUUCACUGUUGCUGAUGCAUUAGAAAUGAUGUUGCUUGCAGUGUUGUCCCCGGUGCUGCGCUGUGAAUGGCAGCUAGAUCACUACCAUGUUGCCUUUUUAACCACUGUUGUAUUUAUUGGGAUGUGUUUACUGGCACCUGUGUGGGGAUUUAUAGGCGACAGAUAUGGCAGACAAACGACGCUGUACAUGGUGACCUUGUGGAUCGGGUACUUUGGUUUUCUGACCACCUUUAGUCCGUCCUUUAUGUGGGUGCUUAUUUUACGUGGUCUUGUUGGAGCAGGACUAGCAGGCUCUCCUCAAAGUUUUGCCCUACUUACAGAGUUUUUACCUUCAAAGUCAAGGGCCAAAAUGUUGCAAAUUGGUGGUAUAGCGUGGGCAAUGGGGACUUUGUUUGAGAUAACUGUAGCUUCUCUAGUCAUUCCAACCCUGGGAUGGAGAUGGCUUGUUGCCCUCUCAGCCAUUCCAUCAUUUCUCAUCUGUAUCUUACUUAAGCUACUGCCAGAAUCAGCUAGAUAUCUUGUUGCUGCAGGAGAGAAGGACAGGGCACUUAGCGUUCUACAGAAAGCUGCCAAAAUUAACAAGGCCAGUCUCCCAAAAGGAACACUGACAGUGUCCAAAAGUGGAACUCGGGGAAACUUUCUUGAUUUGAUGUCGCCAGAAUAUCGCCGGACGUCCUUACAGAUGUGGCUGAUGUGGUUUGUCACUGCGUUCUCUUACUAUGGGAUGGUGCUAGCCAGCGCAGAAAUUCUACAAAUCCACAACAGUGGGGAAAACUCAAAGGAUGCUGAAAGCUGUAAAUGUAAUCUGCUAAAACAUGAUGACUAUAUAACUAUGUUGGUAUCUACUUUUGGAGAGUUUAUAGCUCUCCCCUUGAACCUUCUGCUGAUUGAUCGGAUCGGCCGACGUUACACUGGUGCUGUCAACAGCUGUGGAAUGGCCAUCUUUUUCCUCCUUCUCCAGCUGAAAAUGCCACAAAGCCUGCUGACAGUUAUCAUGUUCAUGGUGCGGGGAUUAUCUCAAGGAUUGUUUAAUUUUGUUUACAUAUACACUGCAGAGGUGUAUCCCACCACCAUUAGGACACUGGGAAUAGGACUAGCCUCUGCCUGGGCUCGAGUUGGUGCCAUGUUGACUCCUUUUGUUGCACAAGUUUUACUGGAUAAAUCUUUGACAGCAGCUGUAUGGGUGUAUGGAUCUCUAGGUUUGCUGGCCUCAGUGUGUGCAAUUCUCUUACCUAUAGAAACCAAGGGAAGAGUACUACCGCAAUCUAUAAGAUAAACACACAGAGACAACAUGACUUCAAGAGAGCAGGUUUAACUCAUUAAUGGAGGUUGUAUCUCGAUGAAGAGCAGGAUUAACUCCUUAAUGGAGGUUGUAUCUCAAUGCAGUUUUUCAUCAGCACCUCAUUGUGCAAGUUUUACAACAGGAUGUUUUUACUCAGAUUUAGUAGUGGUUAUAUUUUUAUAAUACACAAUGUCAACAAUUAUUGACACUAUAUAUACAAGGGAUAAACUCAAUCUUUUAACAUACUCGAAGGCAAUGGAAAUCGAUCACUGCAGAUGAUUAUUUUUAAUAUAUAUAUACAUGUAUUUACUCCUUUACACAGCUUGGCAAUUAUGUUUUUAAAGCUUUAUUUAAAACCCUUACAUAGCAAUGCAUGUAUAUACCAGUAAGUAGAAUUUGCAAUUUGUAACAUUUAAUGUUUUUUUUUGGAUGUCAUAAGUCCUAUCACAAACCAGGCCAUGCAGACAAAUUGAAUACCAUGUACUGUGUGUGAGCGGGGUAUUUUAAUUUGUCUGCAGGGCAUGAUAUUUUGUGAGCAUGACUUGGUGUGUUAUAGGCCUGACAACAUCCAAAAAUAAACAUUCAAUGCUUAUAGUUAUAUUCAUAUUGAUGUUUAUUUUUAUAAAUAUUUGUUUAUUAUUGCUUUAGAGCGUUUUACACGCUCUUAGUCAGGGUUGUGAAAUAUACAUGGAACAGCCAUAUGUUGAUAUAACGUUAUUUAGUUCGCUUCAGCGAAAAAAAUAUCAGUGUCAGAAACUUUGUCGAGAAAAAUCUUUUUUAUGAAAAGAUAUUAUUUUUCAUAAGUACAUAUCAAAUGGUUUAUAUGUAAGUUAAAACGUUUCAUUUAAUCAUAUAAUGAUAGAUAUAUUCAAAUGCAUGAUAAUAUUAUACUUGUGCUCAUGUGCUGUGACAAGGCUAAAUGUGUUUAUAGGAAAUUUUAAAAUGUAGUAAAUUUAAAAUGCAAACAUAAGGGAAAAUGUACACAGAAUGUAAAUAUAUAAUUUUUAUCAUUUUUAUGAAGGAUAUUAAAAAAAAAUAUUUUUUUAAUUUAUUUUUUAGAACUACAAUGCUCUAAGCUUAUUUUGUCUGAAUAAAAAUAUCAAAUUCCA